UGGAUAUAUGGAAAUGUGUGUCAGUCGUUGAUCGUUGCGUUUUGCCCGUUGCCGUUUAUAUGUUGGAGCUUCGAAAUGCUUCUAAGAAUUUUGUUCAUCUAUGGGUUACAAAUGUGUUUACUUUUUUACAAACAAGUUUGAAACUAACAAAAUUUUAAAUUGCGUUUUAAGAAAAAGUGCUCUUUUUUAUGAAUGACGAAACCAAAACACCUCGAAAUUUUAAUGAUUGCAAAAUGUGAAAAGUGUAUCAUUAGGAUUUGGCUUUUUAACCUUUCUAAAAAUGUCUAUAGCGUCCAAAAAAGAUUAUUGGUAAAGAGAUCGUUUUAUCAGAUUUGAUGGAUAAAGUUAAGUAUCCGUUGUUCACUGUAUUAAUGAUCGUAUUAAUUGUGAUAAGGCGUAACCAUGGCAUAUCAGCUCUCGAUGUCUAGCAUUGAGAACAGUGGUAUACCACUGCUUCCACCACUUAUAACCAAUGAUAUUACAAUAGAAAUUCAGUAUUAUAAACAGCUUGCUAUAGCUGUAGAAGAGAGAUUAAAAGCUCUGGAAAUUGCAAAAGAAGCAGCUUCAUGUAAAAACAAAAAUGAACUUGAUAAAAAUAACGUUGAAGUUCCUACAGAAAAGCAUGACUCCUCGACAGAUCUACUUUUCGUGUCAGAAAGUAGAAAUGUAAGUGUUGUACAAGAUAUGAUCUCUAUUCCUGCCACAGAAAUGGAUCAUCCAACAAAAGAUAAAGAUGAUGAAAAUUUGAUAGACAUCGACUUCAAUAUAUCUGAUACAAAUAAAGUUCAAAAUUUAAUGGACAAAGAUAUUAGUAUUUCCGAGCCACAACAAAAGUCACUAGAUCAAGUAGGGAAAUUGAUACCAGAUGAAGAUAAAAGUUGCUUGAAUGGAACCUUGCUAGGAGAUAGUGUAAGCUCUGAUACAGUCACAGCUAGUACAGAUUUGAAUCAGUAUCUUAAUACCUCAGCUUCAAUUAGAACUGAUACUACAGAUACUACACCUGAAAAUUGGAAACCACAAGUGCCUAAGACUUUGGAUAUUGUUCCAAUAACAGUUGAUCAAUCAAAGCCUGGAGAUAAGUCGAGUUCAGCAGAUGAAGAAACACCAAAAUUAGUAAGGCGAGGAUCCUAUGUAUUAGAUACACCAAGUCCUAUGCUUUUAGCGCACAUGCAGGGUGAGCUCCCAACAGGAGACUAUACACCAACUUCAUCUGCACAAUUAGUAAAGCGCAAAGAAUGGAACAUAAGCCAAGUAAAAGCAGAUUGGGAGACGCACAAUAAUUUAAAAGAACCGACUACAUCUCGCACAAACACUAUAAACAAAUUUAGAAAAGAAAAUCCUUCAAGAAUUCCUAGUCAUAGAGUUUGUAAAUCAGUCUCAAAUUCCAAAACUGGAUCUCCUUUGGAUGUGUAUCAACCAGCUAAAUCUGUUGAUUGCAUUCAAGCAAUGUUUGCUAAAGAAUGCUACUCUCCAAAGACUGCGGGUAGUACAGCCAAUAAUCAGAAUCAGAGAUACGUAUCACCUGUCAAUGGUACAAAUGGCAUUAGAAUUGGUAGUUCGAAGAAACUUAAUAAAAGCACAUCCAUAUUAAGUUUAGCUAAUAAAAUGAGUGGAUCAUUAGGAAGCUUAAGUAAUAUUAGUCCAAAACCAGUUAGAAGAGUAGAAAGAAAAAAUAGCAAUGAAACAAAUUUAGAUAAAAGUUUUGAUUCUGUUAAGAGUAAUGAUUCGAGCUCUCUUUCAAAAAAGCAAAAACCCGUCAUAACAUCCGAAAAAAUUGUAACUAUUUUUAGAGAAAUUCAAGAAACGCACAAAAAGCAAAUGAUAGAGCUUAUGACUCGUCAACAAAAGGAACAGAUGUUGAUGCAGGAGAAUUUUAAGAAACAGCAAAUCUUACUAUUAGCUCAAAUUAGAAAGGCUUUUCCUGAAAUUUCAUUAUCAGCUCUAUCAGAAGCCAUAUCUCAUAAGAAUGCAGAACAUCCAACACCUGUAAAUUCAAAGAUGUCAAAUGAACGGUCAGACUCUGUACAAAAAAUGAAACAGAGUGAAAAACCUCAAAUGAAUGGAAUCAGUUGUCAUGAAAAAAAUCAACAAACUAUUGCAAAAUCACCUAUGGACUACACUCAUCCAUCUAAAGAACUAUCUUCAACUUCAUGUCAUCUUACUAUUCAGCCAACCACUCCCACUGUUGCUACUUAUUACCAAAAUAGUUCUCAAAGUAAUCAGCCAUUUGAUGAUUCUGCUAUGAUGAUUGGUCGAGCUCAAUUAUCAAAUGUUAGAGACAUAGAUGAUAUUCCUGUGGGAGUCCCUGUACGUAGACAUUCCAGUGUUAGCAGGCAACUCUUUCCUCUCGAUAGUAAAACAACUCAUGUCCCGGUAUUAGAUAAUUCUGUGUAUACAGAAAAACAUACAAAAGCUGCAACAAUAAUAAAUGCUUAUGCUAAAGGUUUCUUAGUUAGAAGAUUGAUGAAAACAGAAAAAAUUAUUGCUCUGAAAAAUACUUAUAGAGAAGCACUGCAUUGUAUGUUGAGGCUUCACGUGGAUGCACCGCUUAAUUUACCAGAAUUAAAUUUUCAUCAAAGACUCCAGCUACAGUGCGACGCUGCGUCGAUGAACAUAGUAGAUCUGUUUUCACAAAGUCCUACCAAACGGAUGGAAAUAAUAGCUCAUGAUCGAGAAAUUAAGAAAGCUCGCUCUGAUAGACCAAGCUCUGCUCGCUCUUACUCAUUUGCAACUCAACGUACGCUUGCUAGAAAGAAACUGAAAGAAAUGGGUGUGUAUUCAAGUAUGCAAAGUUCGAUGAUGUCUAAAUCUUGCCCAGCAAGAACCAGAUGUCAAACAUGGACCUCAAAUUCAAAGGAAAGGAUAAAAACAACAACUAGUCUAAUAAAUCAAGGUAUUAAGAGAAGUACAAGUGCUGGUGCAGUGCGCAAGCCAUGGCGGUGAACAUGCUCUCUCAUUCUUAUUUUAAUUUCUUUACAAAUCAAUUAUCAGUAAGAAAAAGAUACUGCACUAAAAGUAACAAUAAAGCCAACUUAGUGCCUCACAGUAUCUUUUAACUAUGCAUAGAUUAAUUGAUGUUAAUUUAUAAUACUGUUACGAAACGCACUUUUUAAAGUGCACCUUUUGCAUGUUUUCUGUGAUAAACAUAAUGAUUGAAAUUCAUUGAAUUUCCCUUUUUUUAUAAUUGACUUAAUGUAUAGUUUAAGAUUUUUGACUGUACAUACAUUGAUGUAAUGCUCGUUUUAUAAAAUUAUACUCAUUGCCAAGCAAGUACUUUGUCCAUUAGAUUUAGUAAAAUUGUCAAUUGGAGUUGCUGCCAUAUAGCUUAUUAAAGUUGAAGGUUUGCUACUCGUUGAUUUAUUUAAGUAUUUAUUAACAUUGUACGAUUAGAUGUUGGUAAUAAAUUAUGGAUAAGAUCUGUAAUGAUGUCCAAAGAUUGUAAAAUAAUGAAUAAACGUUUUUAAUUUUG